AUGGACCUCAGAAAGAUGGAGUGCUUCUGUUGCAGGGUGAUUUUGAUUAUGGCCAUUUCCAAAGCAUUUGAAUUGGAAUUAGUUGCUGGUAAGGAGUUAAACAAAACUUGCUGCCUGAAUGGGAGAACCUGCAUGCUGGGAUCCUUCUGUGCCUGCCCCCCCGCCCUGUCCUUUUAUGGUUGCAACUGUGAGCACGAUUCUCUAGAAGAGAACUGUGAGUCUGUGCCCCAUGACACUUGGCUGCCCAAGAGAUGUUCCAUGUGUAAAUGCUGGCGCGGCUGGCUGCACUGCUUUCGGCAGACAUUUCUACCAGAGUGUGAUGGCCACGUGAUAGAUGAGCAUUUCCUGGUUUCCAGGACUCCAGAAUUAACACUGUCUUUGGGCACCACUUUUUUGCUAGCUGGCAUCUGCCUUGCUCUACAAAGUUACUGUUAG